AUGGCUAAGAGUAUACAAGUAGAAGAAUAUAUUUCGAUUAAUUAUAACAAAAGCAAUAUAUUAGGCACUAAUUAUAUAGAGGAUGACACUGUACGUGCAUUUCAUAAUAUUCUCUUACAAAAUACAUCAUAUCGCCCUCGUGAUCUUGAUUUUGUUCAAUGCCCAGAGCUAAUCGAGCCAUUGGGGCAAAACGAAACACAUUUGCAAAUUUUAUAUCGGGGAGAUUUGGGGGUUAUAGGACAUUGGGUGUGUAUUUAUUACGACACAAAAAUCUUACGGGUAUAUGAUAGUUCGCAAUAUAAAAAUUUUUCGCCUUUACAAGAGGCAUUUAUUUCAAAUUUGUUCCCUUUUCAUCCACCUAUACAAUAUGUAGAUGUACAACGGCAAAAUAAUAACUUUGAUUGUGGUGUCUUCGCAGUUGCUUAUGCAACUAGCAUUGCACUAAAUAGGAAUCCCGCUUCAGAGAAUUAUUUAAUACCUGAAAUGCGGCGUCACCUGCUGGCCAUGUUACAUAAUAGUUACUUGUCUCGUUUUCCAUCAGCCUAUCGGCGCCCAAGAGGACAAAAACAAAAGAACAUCUUUCCGUCGAUAGUGAGUCUUAAGAGACUGAAGGAAAAACAUAGCGCACCGGCGUUAACAUCUUCCCCUGUUGUCAACUCUGCGGAUUUAAAGGAGGGAAAUCAGUCGAGUAAUAAAAGUGUAGUUAAGUCACGCAAAGACCAUAAUACAUUUCAGAGAAAGGAAAACAACUUGAAACGUAAACGGAUGUCGAGGACCAGGAAAGAUUUUGCGGACAAAGAAAGGGAGAAGGAUCAAAUACGCAAACGCAGUAUUCGGUUAACACGUUAUCGCAAACAGGAAUUACUGAGAGAUAGGACUGCGCGUAGGAUCGCCCGAUCACAAACAAAUUAUCAUGAAAAUGAGAGAAAUCGGGAUAGCCAAACGAAACGCGAAAUACGUAAACGGGUAAGUUACAGGAUACUGGAACGGAAUCGUGAUGCACACGCACAUCGAGAGGCUCGAAAAAUAGAAGAAUUGAAGAGCAAAGAAAGGGCUCGUGAUCGAUCAUCACGCCGCACCGUCCGGCUUGAGCAAGAAAAUCGGAAGGAAGAAAGAUUGCGUGAUAAAAUGGCGCGUAAAGUUAAACGGGAUGUCAACAAAGUUAGGGAAAUAGAAAAAACACGUGAUUUGAAAGCUCGGCGUAAAAUACGCGAGAAUCCAGAAAUUAAAGCCGCGGAGAAAUGUCGCGAUUUGGAAGCUAGACGUAAAGUUCGGCAGAACACAGCAUUUAGAAAAAGAGAGCAAAAUCGUGAUAGAAUUGCUCGGCAGAAAACUAGAAGGACUCUUAUAGUUAGAGUUGCGGAGAAGGCCAGAGAUGCCCUUUGCAGACAAAAUGCUAGAAGGGAUGUUGGAGUUAGGGCUGCUGAAAGAAAUCGUGAUUCAGUUGCACGGCAGAAUGUUAGAAAGGACCCUAAAGUUAAGAAUGAAGAAAGACGACAUAAUACAGUUGCCCGGGGAAAUGCAAGGAAACGUGAUAGAAGUAGUGAAAGAGAUCGAGAUAUGAUUGCACGGCGUGAGGCACGGCAAAAUUUGGAGUCCAGAGAAAAAGAAAAGCUUCGUGAUAGACGGGCACGCCGGAAUGUACGUGAGGUUGUUGAAAUAAGAGUACUGGAGAAAGAACGUGAUUCUAUAGCGCGACGUAGAAUGCGAGAAAAUGCAGAAUAUAGGAACAAAGAAAGGCAUCGUGAUAGAUAUGCACGGCGGAAAAUUCGAAUAGUUACAACUUAUAGGACUUGGGAGAAAGUUCGCGAUGCCCAAGCACGGUGUAAAGCUCGAAGCAGUGAAAGAUAUAGGCGGGAGGAGAAAUUACGAGACAGAGAAGCACGAAAACGCAUUCGAAGGAUACGGAUAUAUAGAACGAAAGAGCAAAUUCGAGACACAGAAGCACGUCGAGAGGCUCGCAAACAUUCCUCAUUUAGAGACAAUGAACGAAGGCGUGACAAGAGGCUGCGGCAAGUUGCACGACGGAAUAUAGAAUACAGGAAAGUGGAACGGGAACGAGAUUUAAAAGCACGACGGGGUGCCCGAUCCGAUCCUCAAUAUUUACUAAGAGAAAUUUCUGUUGAAACGGUCCGGAAGCAACUGCAUGCUACAGACUGGGAAACAGUAAGCAAGGUGUACGCAAAGAAUGUUAAAGAUGGAUAUACGCAUGCCUGCCACUGCUGCGGUAGGUUAUGGCCUAUCAAAUCGGUUAGGCGAAUUUCAAAAGCAUCGCUGAUAGCUAAAAGAAAAGGUAAUUUAAGCUUCACCGACGAAUACAUAGGAAGCAUUUUCUCUCUCCACCCUGACGAGGAUAUCGGAAUAUUUUGCCGUACGUGUACCAAAAACAUACUAGCGAAUGAAAUACCAAAGUUGGCUAGAGUGAACGGUCUAGUUUUCCCACCUAUUCCCGAUGUUUUGAAAGAUUUAACUCCACUUGAGGAGAGACUUGUCUCACCGCGACACAUUUUCUUGAAAAUAGUACGGAAAGGCUCACGUCUUGGACACCAAUAUGCACUUUCCGGGAACGUUAUAAAUGUUCCCGUUGAAGUUGAUACUAUGGUGUCUAUAUUACCUCGAGCAAGUUCUGACAACCAUAUAAUUACCGUAGAGUUGAAACGAAAAAUGUGCUACAAGCACGGGCGGAAGGAGCUUAUUAGACCUGACGAGGUUCGGCAAGCUGCUUCUUAUCUUACCAACGGAAAUUUCUUUCAAGAUUUGGGAAUAACAUUAAACGAUACGUGGAGCAAUGAUGUUCCAAUGGAAGAUAUUUCUGAAGGAAGUGGAGAAUGCACUUGCAAUAUAGAUGAUCGCCAGGAGGAUGAGCUAGUCAAUGCUGAGGGUGGCGAGACUAUGUUAGAUUUGGAGCACGAUUAUACUUUAGUAAUGGCACCUGGAGAGGGAAAAACACCUUUAUCCUUGAUUUAUGAUGAAAACAUGGAGGAAUUGGGUUUCAUCAAAAUACACUGCGGCCAAAAAAGAAUUUUUAAGGUGAAACUGUCUCAUCUGGAUAUUAUAAAAUCAGAACUAUCGAGGGAAGACCGCCGUGCCGUAAGGGCAGAUUAUUUGUUUACGGCAUUAAAAAAACAACAAUUAAUAAGUAUAAAAAAUAAUAUAUCCAUUUGCCUUCGCAAGAAAAUGCUCAAAGGAGCUCCUAUUUUUGCGAGUAACAUGUUAGAUGCUGGGUUUGUCAGUAAUCUUAUUCAACAUGAUGAUGGAUAUCGAGUCUUAAGUACAAUAAGGAAUUCACCAUCACAUUGGGAAGUAGAGAAGAAAAAGGUUCUUGCCAUGAUCCGACAAUUUGGGGUACCUUCUUUAUUCAUCACCCUUUCCGCUGCUGAAACAAGAUGGCCGGAAUUACUGAAGAUGCUAAAAUUUACGGUAGAUGGGGAAAAUAUUUCAGAAGAAGCUUUAAGGCUUCCUUAUUUGGAGAAGGCUCGACUCAUUCAAUCAGAUCCGUUUAUUUGCGCAACAUAUUUUGAAAUUAGAUUUCAAGAGCUGCGUAAAACUUGGAAUAGCUCUGCUGGCCCAUUCGGUUCGUAUAGAAUAAAUCAUUACUACUAUCGAAUUGAAUUUCAGCACAGAGGUUCCCCACAUGCCCACAUGAUGCUAUGGCUAGAUAAAGCGCCUUCUUUUCAGGUAAACAAUCCAACGUCUACAUCCCAAAUAGUAAAGUUUGUUGAUCAAAUAACCUCAUGUAGCAGUUGUGAGAUAGAGGAAGAUCUUGUUGAUUUACAAACUCAUAAACACACGCAUUCUUGUUAUUCGAAACCAGGAAGACCUUGUCGUUUUGAAAUACCGUUUUUUCCCAUGGAUAAGACUGAAGUACUAUUCGAAUUAGAAACUUCAGAUUCUAGGGCGAAAAGUUACAAACAAUUAGGUAACAUUUUAAGAGAAAAAUUAGAAAACAUCCCAAGUGAUGUGAAUUCUUUCCAGGACUUUUUAACAUUUGCUGGCGUCACCCGCGAACAAUACAUACUAGCCAUAAGAAGUACGUUAAAACGACCGAAAAUAUAUUUGAAACGGUCGCCGAGAGAUGUAUACAUAAAUCCUUACUCAAGGAAAAUAAUCCAAUUGCAUAAAGCCAACAUGGAUAUUCAAUUCAUUUUGGAUCCUUUUGCCUGUUCUUUAUAUAUAGUUAAUUAUAUAAACAAAGGCGAUCGUUCUAUAUCUCGAUUGUUGAGAGCAGCUGCUGAAGAAGCUAAGAAAGGCAAUACUAGUGUCCAACAAUCACUUCGCAGCAUUUCUAAUGUGUUUUUGAACGCAUCUGAAAUAUCUGCACAAGAAGCAGUAUAUUCGCUGAUAGGUUUGCCAACAUCGAAAAGUAGUGAAAUGGAAAUUUUCAUAAAUACCAACCGGCCUGAAGCCCGAGUUCAUUUGUUGAAAAGUAUCAAGGAUCUCAACGGCAUGGAUCCAAGAAGUGUAGACAUCUUUCAAACAGGUUUGCUAGACCAUUACAUUAAUCGACCAACCACACAAUAUUUUGAAAAAAUGUGUUUAGCAUUCUUCGCAUCACAUUAUACAUACGAGUAUUCUAAAAGAAUAUGCAAUAAAGGCAGAAAGGAGUUUUCAGAUUACGAGGAAAACGCCGUAGACGAUAUGAGUGAUAAUAGCAAUUGGAUAAAAUUAACCAAUAAUUUGGGGUAUAUACGUCGCCGCAGAAAAGCAAAAGUUAUCCGAUUCUGUCGCUUCAAUCUUGCAGAAACUGGUGAAGACUUCUAUCGCGAACAGCUUAUGCUUUACUGCCCAUGGCGCAAUGAGUAUGAAGACUUAUUGAACCCGAGUGUUAACCUCCGUGCCAAAUUUGAAGCUUGUUCAUCAGUGAUAAAGUCGGCAAGCUUUCCAUUCAAUCAACUGGGAGGGGACCGUGAAUUUGAUCUGCUUCUAGAAACAGUCCGAGAAGCAGACGAAGAAGCCAAUCGGGCAGAAUCUCAUAACAUUGGGCAUCAGCCAUUGAAUGAGUUUGAAUUCGACGAACAGAUUGGAGAUGUAAUAGACGACUUAAUUCCUGGAGGUAAUCCGCGGGGAAAUCAAAAUGAAUCUGUGGUAGAGUUUGUUAAGCAACCUUCAUUUUUAUCUACGGAAGAGUUUCAAGCAAUGACUCGUUCACUAAAUCUGGACCAGCGGGAUUUUUUGCAGCAUAUAACAUACUUCUUCAAUACAGCUUCGGCUUCGACCCCUCCUAUACACACAUUUAUAAGUGGAGGAGCAGGAGUAGGGAAAAGCAUAUUGAUCAGAGCUAUAUACCAGAGUGUGUCUCAUGUCUUCAACAGAGAAGCAGGUUCUAAUCCAGAUGAUAUUCGAAUACUUCUUUGCGCACCAACUGGGAAAGCAGCUUUCGGUAUUGGAGGUCAAACAAUACACAGUGCAUUUGCUUUACCUGUUUCUCAAGCGGGUUAUUCAAUGCCAAACUUGUCAGCAAGUGUAAGUAAUACACUAGCUUGUAAGUUGGCUAAAUUAAAACUCAUUAUUAUAGAUGAAAUUUCUAUGGUUGGGGCUCGGACAUUUCACCAGAUAAAUCUAAGAUUGCAGCAGAUAUUCUGUACACACGAAUACUUCGGUGGUGUGUCAGUAAUUGUUGUUGGGGAUUUUCGGCAAUUACCACCAGUUGGGGACAAUUGGAUUUUCCAACCCAAUCAUUCAAGGAAUCCUUUAGCUAGUUUAGCAGGUUCACCAUUAUGGGAACUUUUCAAAUUUUUCGAAAUGAAAACUAUUAUGCGUCAAAGAAGUGAUGCACCUUUUGCGAUUGCCUUGAAUAACAUGGCCUCUGGGACAAUGACAGAUAAUGAUCUGCUUUUAAUGAAGGCAAGGUGUUUCAAACAGGAAGACAUUCCCCCCGGUGCCGUUCAUUUGUUUCACAGCAAUAAGCAUACUUGUGCACAUAACGAACUUGUUCUUGGGAAAAUGAAAACAGAAGGUGCAACCGUUAUUGCUCUAGAUGAGGUGUUUGGUGAGCCGAACAUUUCGGCUAAACACAAAGCUCUUCAAAAUGUUGCGUUACUCCCAACAUCUCAAACAUAUGGUCUACCACAUAAGUUGUUACUAAAAGUAGAUGCGCGUUAUAUGCUCACCGUCAAUAUUGACACAUCGGAUGGCUUGGUAAAUGGUGCGGAUGGAGUUCUGAGAGCGCUAGACUAUGGAACCAAUAAGCGCACGGGUGAACGUAGACCUCUUCGCAUUUGGCUACAGUUUUCUGAUGUUAAAAUUGGUAAAACCAAAAGGGCUAAUAUUUCCCAUUCCUCCCACAUAUUCGAAGCUAAGCUUCAAAAAAAUUGGACUCCAAUUGAGUACAUUUCUUCAACGAUUAAGAGAUGGAAAGCAUCGAAUUUGCAAGUGCGACGAACACAAUUUCCUGUUGUUGCGGCUGAAGCAAUUACAAUACAUAAAAGCCAAGGGUCAACAAUAGCUCAAGUAGCAGUACAUUUGCCUGCAAAUUGCCACCGAGCAUUGAUGUACGUUGCAUCUUCAAGAGCUACUUCCUCGGAAGGUUUAUUCAUCAUAAAUGACAAAGAGUUUAAGUCUCCCGAGCCACCUUCACAUUUAAGUCCUCUUUCAGUGGAAAUGAAACGGCUAACUGAACAACCAUUUGUAUCCAUGUUCAAAUUCUUAAGAGAAGAAAGAAGUCCAACAAUACGCCAAAUACUAUUUCACAAUGUCCAGUCUUUAAGAAAACAUCUUUCGGACAUAUCUGCUGAUCCAGGAAUAAACAAAUCAGAUAUAGUAAUGCUAGUGGAAACUUGGAGCUGA